CGAUUACAUAAGUUUGGUGUUGAGCCCUAGCCCUAUGUAUGUGACUUUUGGUUUUCAGUCUCCGGGCAGCCUUGCAGGUGUUGUUGGAGUUCAACAAUAAUAUGCUGUGGAUGUUCACGUAGCAUAUUAUAGUUGGUUAUUGGAUAUUUCAUAGCUGUGUGAUUUGCUGCUGACAGUUUUGCAAUGGCUUCAUCCGCCGAUGUGCGGGACAUGCUGGACUUGCCUGAUAGGCAAGAGCCUUCGAGUCGACCGCCCCCCGCGAAGCGCACCAAGACAGAGGGCAAGAGGUUUGAUGGAAUGAACAGAGAGCUUCAGAAUUUACUGGGAGACAAUACACCAGCCGUGACAGUCAUCGAGAACAGAUUCAAGGCAAAACCAAAUUGGAAACUAAAGCCUACACCUUGGGUGUGGUCGAAGUUCAAGAAUUCAGCCAGGAGCGAUGAUCUAGAAUUUAGUCAUUGGGUGCGCGGCACACCAUCAGAAGAUGACUAUGUGUUUGCAAAGUUCAACAUGCCCGUCGACGUGCCGACGUAUACCGAGCAGGAAUAUGAGAAAUGCUUAGCAGAUACGGCCUGGACUCCUCGUGAAACUGCAUAUUUGUUUGAUCUGUGUCGGGAGUAUGAUUUGCGAUGGCUAGUGAUACAAGAUCGCUACGAGUAUCAGCCCGAAGAGAAAGAGCCACCGUCGAUAAGAACCCUGGAAGACUUGAAAGAACGAUACUACUUUUGUUGCCGCAAGCUGAUGGAUUUGAGACGCGAGGAAGGUACGAUGGAAUGGACACCGCGGGAACUGGAGCUUUACAAUGCUAUGAGUUUCAAUAAGGAUAAGGAAAUGGCUCGGAAGCAGUACUUGGAGAGAUUACUGAGCAGAUCACCAGCUGAGGUUGCCGAAGAAGAGAGACUGAUACUUGAGUACCGGAAGUUGCAGGAGUCGUCGAAGAAGUUGGUACAGGAGAGACAGGACCUCUUGCAUCUGCUAGAGUCACCGCAGACGUCGUCUUCGUUCGCGCAGUUCCAGUCUAGUCAGGGCUUGUCUCAGCUCGCGGCUAAUAUUCUUGCAAAUGACAAGAACCGGAGGAGAAAGGCAGUACCAGAAUCUGCGGAAGCGGCGGCCCAGCAACCGGCAACACAGAAAGGCGCGCCGGGACACGGCAGUGCACAUGGGAACGCAGGAGGACAUGGACAGCAGCCGGCGCACGCACACGAUGCAAAGGCAUCGUCAUCGACUCAGCACAAUUCGCCUGCGGCUGCUACUACGAAGGUAUCGAAGGCGGAUCUUGUGCAGUCUGCUACGGCUAAGAAGGUGGCCAAGAGAGUGGCUCCGGGUGAAGAACAUCUAUAUGGAAUUUCGUAUCACGACCGGCUAACGCAAGGCGUGUUCCUGCGGUCGUCGAGAGUGAGCACGCUGAAGCACACGGUGCAAGCCAAGGUGCAGUCAGUGCUUGCCGAGCUCUCGAUCUCGUCUAAGCUGGCUAUGCCUACGGCGAAGGUGUGCGAGCGCUACGACGCGUUGCAGCAGCAGAUUACGGUGCUGCUGGACGCGAAGAAGCAGGCGGACAAGCUCGAGGCGGAGGUGAAGGUGCUGCGGGCGCAGAAGGGGGGUGGCCAGGCCGAGUAGCUACGGUAUUGGAGAAUGAUUUGUUAUAAACAUGUUUAUGGCAUUAGUCAUUGCACGUAAGAAGUUCGUAAUGAAGAUGACGCAUUGUCGCCACAGUGGUUGGGGGGGCGCAGGCGGUGUUUGCGCAGAUGUGCCGCAGUCUGCGUUAAGCUGGGUAUAAAAACACAGCAAAUGCUUAAUAAAGAAGAGGUGCUCUGGGCCCCG